CAAAAAUGGCGAAGUUACCAAGAAGGUGAAGAAAUUAAAAAAAUAAUGAAAAAGGAAAGAAAGAUGAAGAGGAAAAGGUUAGUAGAAUAUGAGAAAUGGCUAAGAAAUUUCCUCAUCUUUUCUUCUCUGUUAUAUACCCAAAGCAAAACGACUUGAUUCACAUACGAAGAAGAAGAAAACCGAAAUGUCUGGCAUGAUACCUGGAGUAGGAGUCCCUCACCGGAGGAGACCAAAUCACCACCACCACAGCCACAGCCACAGCCACAGCCACAGCCACCCCCCUCAUACUCCUUACGACGGAGAUCACCGUCACACUUCCAUGCAAUUGAGCCAAACUGCUAUCUCUGCUCGCCAACGAUUGGAGAAAAGGCUCCGACCAAGAUCCUCGUGUAAUUUGAAUCAUCAAAUUGGGGAUGGAGGACUGAACCCUAGAACCGAAACCAUGGAUGAUGAAAAUUGUAAUAAUAAUAACAAAAAAUUGAGUUUAAAAUUCACGAGGAUGAUGAGGCCGUGGAGCUUCCCAUCGCACGGAAAGGUCAACCCUUUUUAAUGAGAUAUUCAGUCUAGAAAAAAGCUUCCCAUCAAAUUGGCCAAUUUUUUCUUCUUUUUUGGAGGUUAAUUUUUAACAUUUACAUUUCUAACUUAGAACAAACUACUUGGAGGAGUUAGAGAUAUUGAGAAUUGGGCUAUUCAUGCCCUGUUUUCUUGUUUUGUUGUAUGUAAUGUUUGAAAUUUAGGUGUAUAUAUUUAAUAAAUUCAAUGAAGUUAUAACAUAAUUCUCUU